CCAGCUGAAGCUUCCUGGCUGGCCAGGUGCUUGAACGGAGCGACCUACGGAAUCCGUCGACAAGCAGCGCUGAGCGUCAGGGAGCGGUACUGCCGAAGCGGCCUUCUCCGGUGGAAAGCGGCGCAUGCGGCACAUCGACGGAGAGAAAACCACCUGGGUCAUCGGACAGCAACGCUGAACGACCGGUGGCUGAAACCAGGGACCUCGAGGGUCAGGAGUUCCGACGCCGAGGCCAAGGACGACUACUGAGGACGCAAUAUCCGGGCUCUGGGCGUCAAACUGCAGCAACGUUUGCGCCGGGUGAGUGGGAUUUCUUGCGUCGGGUCGAGGUUGGCAUGGCUGGUAGUUGGCGGGACUUAUGGUUUUGACGCGUCAGAUGCUGGCCGACAUGGAGAACGGGUUAAAUGGAGAGAACUCGCAGGGGACAGGAGCCUCUGGUCAGGGGCAGGAGGCGCCACAGGGUGCGACAGAAAAGGAAUCGGAGGCGGUCACAAUUCGAAGGCUCGAACUAGAAUUUGAGUUGCGGAAAGCGCAACUUCAGAUUGAGUCCGAAGAGCGGAUCGCGUUGCGCAUGGCACAACUAGGAAAAGAAAGUGGUCGACCUUCCUCCUCUGGGUCGGAAACAGACGACCAACGGCACGCAGGCUUAGACCCGGUUGCGCAAUGCGCAAAAGUUUUGAAAGGGUACAGCCUGCCAUGUGACGCGGACGUUCCUCUAUGGUUUGAUGAGGUGGAAAAAUUGUUUACCACGUACCAGGUGCCGGAUAGUGGUCGAGUACAUUUGAUUAUGCCGGUGCUAACGGAGCGUGUCCGCUACCUGCUGCGCAGUCUAGGGCAAGACGAUUGUUUAGAUUACGAGUCGGUAAAACGGGCGGUGCUGAGCGAACUGAAACUCACGCCAGCUGAGUACCUAGACAGGUUCGACAGUGCAGCCAAAAGAAAAGAUGAAACAUGGGCUCAGUUCGCCUCCCGUGUCCGAACCUACUUCACGUAUUACCUUCAGGUGAGAGGUGCGGACACGCAGGAGACAGUAGCGGAGCUCAUGGUUGCUGAUCGGAUUAAGGCGAGCCUGAGUACCGAUGGUCUGGAGUAUGUUCGCCUUCGCGAGGGAGAGACUUGGUUAAAACCGGUCGAGGUGGCGAGGGUGUUACAGACUUAUGAGCAGGCAAAAGGGAAAGGGAGCGCCACAAGACAGGUGUACGUUCCGACAGAACAGUCAGGGACGGGGCGCUCGCCAGGGUUCAAAGGUCCCGUGAACUCGGGUCGAGCAGCUGUAAGGUGUCAUGUAUGUCAUGAGCAGGGACACAUUGCCAAGCACUGCCCUCGCGCUUCGGGUAGUGAGGUGCCUCAGGGGCUGGCAAAUGUUCCUGAACCGAAAGGGCAGACAGACAGAGUGUUAACCGCUCGGGUUGAGGUGAGGCGGUCGAUUUCGGAGACGGGCCGCUCGAAGCUACAAUUGGUUCAACUGGAGUGCGGCGACGUACACACCGAAGCAGUGCUCGACACGGGUACCGAAAUGACGGUAGUACGGGAGAGCCUGCUACCUCAAGCUUUGAGGGAACCGUCGGGCACAGUGAAGCUAGUGUCCGCUUUUGGCCACGCCAUUGAUGCCAAUCUUGCAACACUUCCAAUAAGGUUGAGCUGUCCAGGGGCGGUAGAAAAUUCAACUAAAGCCGACUUAGUGUGCGCGCUCACCAAUCAGCUGGCGGAAGGGGUGAACUGUUUGCUUGCCUGGGAAGAUUGGGAACUGUUGAAAGCUAGGAGCGGUAAGGUCCAGGUGCAACAGGGAUGUACAGCGGCCUAUCCUUGUGAAGUUGAACAGAACGUAGGAAGAGAUGAAGACAGCGAAGCACUGACUUGUGGGGUUGGCUAGGUAGGCCUCGGCCCUUCAGCGUUACAAUGUAACAGUCCAGCAUGGGAGGGGAACCAGUAACGGAAAUACUGACGCGUAGUGUGGGCUCAACAAUUUAUGUUGGGAGUCGACUGAGUGAUCAUGCCAUGCCGCCUCGGUUAGACGUGAAUGUUCCCCUCACCCGUGCCGCAGGGCGCUGUGGGGCUGUGAA